ACUCGAUCUUCCUUCACUGCAGCAUUACUUUUACUCACACUUCAUCACUUCUAGCCAGCAUUCAUCUCACACUCUUUAAGCUUUCCUUUCAGCUACUACUAAGAAAUGGCCGAAGCAAUCCUCUUUGGUCUUGCACAGAAAAUGAUUGAAAAUCUGGGCUCUCAGACUUUCCAAGAGAUUGGAUCACUCUGGGGUGUCGAAGGUGAGCUUGAAAAAAUCAAGGAGACUGUUUCCACAAUCCAAGCUGUACUUCAGGAUGCAGCGGAGCAGGGAAGUCAUAACAAUCAAGUCAAGCACUGGCUCGAAAAGCUCAACGAUGCAGUUUAUGACGCAGAUGACUUGUUGAGUGAGUUCUCAACUGAAGCUACAAGGCGAAGCAUGGUGAGUGGGAAUAAACUCACAAAAGAGGUACGCACUUUCUUUUCAAAGUCAAACCAACUAGCUUUUCGUGGUAAGAUGAGUCGUAAAAUAAAGGCAAUGAGGCAAAAGCUAAAUGCAAUAGCAGAAGUCAGGGAAAAGUUUCACCUGAAAGAAUACCAUGUAGAGCCUAAAGUAGUGAGGGAACCAACUCACUCAUUUGUACGUGAAGAAGAAGUUAUUGGGAGGGAAGAGGAAAAAAAGGCUAUCAUAGAACUAUUAUUGGACUCUAAUGUAGAAGAGAAUGUUUCGGUUAUUCCCAUUGUGGGGAUAGGGGGAUUAGGGAAAACUACUCUUGCUCAAUGUGUGUACAAUGAUGAGAAAGUCAAAAAUAAUUUUGAGUUAAAAAUGUGGGUAUGUGUUUCUGAUGUCUUUGAGUUGAAAAGUAUUAUUGAAAAGAUAAUAAUAUCUGCUAUAGGUGAUGCACCUAGAAAUCUUGAAAUGGAUCAAUUGCAAAUUAAACUUCGUGAAAAAAUUGAUAGAAAGAAAUACUUACUUGUGUUGGAUGAUAUAUGGAAUGAAGAUCGUGAAAAAUGGCUUAACUUGAAGAAUAUUUUAAUGGGUGGUUUGAAAGGAAGUAAGAUUGUAAUAACCACUCGUAGUAAAUUGGUUGCAAAGAUUACACACACAGAUUCACCAUAUAUUAAUCUCAAAGGUCUCUCCAUAGAGCAGUCUUGGUUUUUAUUUGAGAAAGUGGCAUUUAGCAAAGGGCAAGUGACCAAUAAUCCUACACUGAGGGAAAUUGGAUCGGAGAUUGUAAAAAUAUGUCAAGGUGUACCCCUUGCCAUAAAGUCCAUAGGACAUGUGUUAUACUGUAAGGAAACAGAAUCUGAGUGGUUAUUUGUAAAGAAUAAUUUACUAGAAAAUGUAACUCUAGGGAAUGAGAUUUUACCUAUUUUAAAGUUGAGUUAUGAUAAUCUCCCAUCAUAUUUAAAGAGUUGUUUCACUUAUUGCUCUUUGUUUCCCAAAGAUUAUGAGAUGGACAAGGAAACAGUGAUACAACUAUGGAUAGCACAAGGGUUUAUCCAAUCAUCAAACAAAAAUCAACAAUUAGAGGAUGUUGGUGAUGAGUAUUUCAAGGAUUUACUUUGGAGGUCCUUCUUUGAAGAAGUAGGGACUUACAAAGGCUUAAGAUACAAGAUGCAUGAUUUAAUUCAUGAUCUUGCGGAAGCUAUUGCAGGCGAGGAGUGCAGGCUCAUUAAUAUUGAUGGAAAAAAUAUUAAUGAAAAAAAUCGUCAUGUAUCAUGUCCAUUUUCUAUUGACUCAUCUUUUACUGAAACUUUAAGGUUGUUGGUUAAAGCAGUCAAGGUACAUACAUUUCUUCUAACAUAUAAUGAGCAUAAAUCUGGUGGCUUGGAUGAGUCAAUGUUGAAAACAAUUAUUUUGAGUUUCAAGAGCUUGCGUGCGUUAGAUUUACAUGCACUGAACAUUAAAUCAAUACCAAAUUCUAUAGGGAAGUUAAUACAUCUAAAGUAUCUUGAUGUAUCUUUUAAUUGGAAUAUUGAAACUCUCCCUGAUUCAAUUACUACAUUGUUGAAUUUGCAAGUACUAAAACUUUAUAAUUGUAGAGGUCUUAAAGAAUUACCCAAAAAGUUUAGAGAAUUGGUUAACCUCAAACAUCUUUAUAAUCAUGGUUGUGAUAAUUUGAGUCAUAUGCCUUGUGGAUUAGGGCAAAUGACUUCACUUCAAACAUUACAAUUAUUCAUUGUGAGCACCUCCUCCCACACUGGUGGAUUAGGCGAAUUGAAGAAGCUAAACCUGCAAGGAACAUUAGAGAUCUCACAUUUGGAACGGUUGAAAGAAGCUAACUCAGAAUCCAUUGUUGUGAAUUUAAGGGAGAAGCAACAUCUUGAAAAAUUGAUAUUAAAAUGGUAUCAUCAAGAUCAAGUAGAUAAUAAUGAAGAUGAGAAGUUAUUAGAAGACCUCCAGCCACACCAAAAUCUCAAACAUUUGGUAGUGCAUCAGUACAAGGGUGUGAAAUUUUCAAGUUGGGUCUCUUCUCUCAUAAAUCUUGUUGAUUUAAGGAUAGAGAGUUGUAAGAGAUGCCGAUAUUUGCCACCAUUGUCUCAUCUCCUCUCUUUAAAAUCUCUAAGGCUUAUCACGAUGAAUGAUUUGGAGUACAUAUCCGAUAAUGAUAUGAGUAAAGAGGUGCCUGCUUCAUCCACAACUUUAUCAACACCGUUCUUCCCAUCUCUAAAGUCACUCACAAUAGAAGAAUGUCCUAAUUUGAAGGGAUGGUGGGGGAGAACAGGGAGGGAUUUAGUUGCAACAACAUCUGCGUCAACACCAGAUCAUCAACAAGAUCAGUCUCACAACUCACUGCCUUUAUUUCCUCUUCUUUCUUCUUUGCGGAUUAUUAAUUGCCCUAAAAUGACUUCCAUGCCCCUGUUUCCCAAUCUCGAAGAAUGUCUAUAUUUAAACAAUGUCAGUUUGAAGCCUUUGCAAGAGACAAUGUCAGUUUCCUCCUCUUCAUUAUCCUCUUCUUCUCCUCUCUCCAAAUUAAAUGAAAUGACUUUGAUAUCUAUAGAAGAUAUAGAGUCUCUUCCGGCUGAGUGGGCACUAUAUUCUCUCAAGGAACUACAUAUUGGGAAUUGCCCUAGACUAACAUCUAUGUCUGGAGCGGUGCGUAAUCUCACCUCCCUCUGUGAGCUAUCAAUUGACGAUUGCGAGGAGUUCGAUCCAUUCAGAGACAUGCAUGAUGAUGGCAUGGAAUGGCGAUGCCUCAAUUGUCUCCAUGAUUUACGUUUCUAUAGCAUUCCGAAACUGAAGUCUCUCCCUGUGGGUCUUCAAUGUAUUUCCACCCUAAAAGAGCUCCGCAUUUCAAACUGUCCAAAUUUAAUUACUUUGCCGGAACUCACCUCACUUGAAUAUCUUUGGAUUGAUAGAUGCGAGCCUAAUCUGACGUCACUUCUUGAGAUUAGUUGUCUCACUUCUUUACAGUGGCUGUGGAUUGAAGACUUACCCAAUUUGAUUACUUUCCCCGAAUCAAUUAGGAAUCCAAUCUCACUUGAAACACUUUACAUUUACAACUGUCCCAAUCUCACAACACUACCCGAUGAUGGUUUUCUCAAGUCUUUACGAAAUCUGAGAAUUUGGAAGUGUCCUCAGUUAGCUGAAAAAUACGAUUUGGAAAAGGAUUUCCCUAAUUUGGAAAUCAUAUGGGAGUAGUGAGACCACAGCAGCAAACGGCUCUACAUCGUCAUCGUCAACGGCCACUCCCCUCUUUCACUUGAAUGAAUCAGAAUGAAAGGAGGUGUAUGUAUCUGGGCAUAUUCAGAACCAUAUGAAAAAGUGCAACAAGUCAACAGCUAAGGCGAAGUAUACUCGGGAAGGCAGUACUCAAUUUCAGGCCCUUAACUUCUUCAAAAAAGCUACACUCUCUUGUUGUUUGAUGGUCAGGGGAAGCAUUGGGAACCCCAAUUUCUUUCUUCGGAGCCGUUUCUUUUCCUGUCCCCUGCCCUGGCAUAGUGCUUUGCUUCCGGUUCUUCGGAAAAAUCAACUGACUUCCACACUUGUCAUAUAUUCCAUACAUCACACUAAAUAGAUUGAAGUCUGGCACUUGUUGAUAUUUUGAUAACAUCUGGUGAGAGAUCAUUAUUUGACAACCACCAUCUAGGAAGCGGUUUUAUAUUCAGGCAGAAAUUGGAGGGAAAUGGUCCAAGACUGCUCGAAUCCUUAAUUGAAUGUAUUUCAGAAGGAUGUUCUGGUCCACUAUUACUACAGUAUAUGGAAUAUAAAAACAGACCAGAGUUUGUGAUCUCCAAAGCGAGUCGAUACUCCAAUUAUGUAGUUUGGUAUGGAUAAAGAUCACAACUAGGUGUUAACAGAAGGGUUGUUCCAUUUCAAGAAUGGCUUCAUUAUGCUCGCAGCUGAUUCCUUGGAUAUUUGACAACUUUUUAAUGAAGCUAUUGAAAAUUUUCAACCUAAACAGGAACUUUGAAUUUGGAAACAGACAGUUUUUAGUGAAUUUACAGCAACUACAAGAAGAUAAAUAGGUUGAAUCAGAUGAAGACUGUACCUUGGUGUUAGCAACAAGAUUACUGCCUAUCUUCAGUUAAAGUUCAAUUUCAGGGUGACUGGUUCUUAGACUUUUCAGCCACCCUUUGUGAAACCUAAGCUGAUUGCAAACAUUUAUCUUAGUGUAAUUGUUUCAAUAACAAAACAAGCUUGUGAUGAAUUUUUUUUUUUUUUUUUUUUUUUUUUUAAUGCUUUUCAAAUUGGAACCCUUUUACCAAUAUACAUAACUGUACUUUAAAGCAUCCAUAUGAACUUAAUUAUAAGAACUAUCUUGAGAAAUAUUUUAUAGGGAUUAAACAUCUAGAAUAUGCCAAUUAUCAAGAAGAAUCAGAUAAUCUGAAGAAAUUUCUGUGGAAAUCUGAUGAUGGGAUGUAUUGCUUGGAUAGUUUCAGGAUUUGAGAAGCUGAUGCAGCUAAGUUCUUGAGGCUGGAGAUGGAGUAUUUGAGGUACGUCCUACCUUGGCCGACACUCAUCUAGGAGGUGAUGAUUUCAACAAGGCAAGCUCUACAACGUCUCAUGGAGACUGCUGAGAAAGCAAAGAUGGAGCUGUCAUCUCUGACUCAAACCAAUAAUAUUAGUUUACCUUUCAUUAUCGCCAUUCGGAUGGCCCAAAACACAUUGACACCAUGCUGACUAGUGUCAAAUUUGAAGAACUGUGUUCAGAUUUGUUAGACAGUCUAAUUGCGUGCUUAAGUUCUCUGGAUUACAACUCAUAAGCUUUAAUCACCAGUUGAAACUUCCUUGAGAGAUGCAAAGCUUUCCAAAGAUAUGGAUGUAAUUCAACUUGUAUCCCAGCUGUUUAGGAGCUGAAAAAUACGGAUGAAGUUUUUGUUCUUGGGGCUGUAGUUCAGAAGGACUUGAAACUUCGGGUGGUGUCAACUUCACCAACUUCCAAAUCAGAGGUGUUCUCCACCGCAGCAGAUGGACAGACCAGUGAAGAGAUUAAUGUCUAUCAGGGUGAGAGAGAGUUUGUGAGGGACAACCAGUGCUAGCACCAUGCCAAGUGAUGGGGUGGAUAGGAUGGUUAAAGAAGCUGAAAAUUUUGCAAAAGGAAGACAAGGAAAAGAGGGAUGCCAUAGACACAAGGAAUCUAGCUGACUCAGUUUUGUACCAAACUAGAAGCAACUAAAAGAGCUGGGAGACAAUGUUCUUAGCUAGACAAGGAGAAUGUAGAGGCUAAAGUGAAUGAGGUCAUGGAUGCCAUCUUUGGUGGUUCUACCCAAGCCAUUAAAGAUGCAAUGGCUGUCCUGAAUCAAGAAAUUAUGUAACUGCGGUAGUCAAUGUUAAUGUGAAUUUGAAUUGGUUCCGAACCUUAGGAACAAGUACAACGAGUCCAUGGCUUAGGGUAAUAUCAAUAACAUUCUGGUGACAACUACCCUCUAGGAAGCUGUUUUAUAUUCAGAAGCGCUGUGAUGGAUUUUACUUUAAGCACACUAUUUGGAUACAAAGAUAGGAUCAAUAAAAUGAAAAUAUAGAGUCUACUUGCCUGCUUAAGUUCACUGGAUUACAACUGCAAUUAACAUUCUCAUAGGCUUUGAGCACCAGUUGAAACUUCCUUAAGAGAUACAAAGCUUUACUUCAAAGAUAUCAAUGAGAAUGAAAGGAUGUGUAUAUACUAGAGGCAUAUUCAGAACCAUAUGAACAAGUGCAACAAGUCAACAGCUAAGACUGGUGUUUUUUAGCUGGAGAAGUUAUUGACAUUGUGCUCUUGGAUGUCUCACCGUGGAAGGACUUGAAACUUUGGGUGGUGUAAUGACAAAGAUUAUCCCAAGGAACACAACUUCACCAACUUUCAAAUCAGCAGAGGUGUUCUCCAGCACAGCAGAUGGACAGAUCAGUGAAGAGAUUAAUGUCUAUCAGGGUGAAAGAGAGGUAUUUAUCUCUCUGAAAAAAGGAUGAGAGAGAGAUCAUGAGGGACAACAAAUCCCUUGGAAGCUUGUGCUUAAGACACCAAAACAGGUGCUAGCACCAUCACACCAUGCCAAGUGAUGAGGUGGAUAGGAUGGUUAAAGAAGCUGAAAAUUUUGCAAAAGGAAGACAAGGAAAAGAGGGAUGCUGUAGACAAAGAAUCAAGCUGACUCAGUUUUGUACCAAACUAGAAGCAACUAAAAGAGCUGGAAGAAAAUGUUCCUAGCUAGACAAGGAGAAUGUAGAGGCUAAAAGGUCAUGGAUGCCAUCUCUGGUGGUUCUACCCAAGCCAUUAAAGAUGCAAUGGCUGUCCUGAAUCAGGAAAUUAUGUAACUGUGGUAGUCAAUGUUGAUGUUUAGCUUUUAUCGGAUUGACUUCUUUGCAUGGACGGCCACUAUUGUGUAGCCUUGAAUUAUGUUAUAGUUGAGAGAGAACUCUUUGAUAUAGAGUUAUUUGGGUGUAUUGGGGUUUGGGUUUGUGAGAGUGGGUCUACACCACUUUUGUACUCUCCAUAUUUAUUAGUGAAACUUUCUCCUUGUUGCCACCCGUGGAUGUAGGCCAAAGGCCGAACCACGUAAA